GCGGGAAUACGGCGAUGAUGGAUUCCUGGGAACUGAAUGGUUCGAGCGCCCAAUGCUGCUGGCCAAUAAAGAUAACACCGCCACAUUACAACAACCAUCGGAGACAGUAACGGAGGUGCAGCUAAGGGCGCUUGAAGUCUCUGGCCGAGGUGGCGUACAGACAUGUAGUCUUGCUGGUGCAAUUUUCAAUAACAAGGACGACAAAAAGGGGCAACAAGACACGCACCGUUUCUAUUUCGAACGAAUCAAGGGCAUCCUAUCCACAUUCCCUGAUACCAGCAACACUCGUUAUCAGUCGUAUUGCGAAGCUGCUGCAGAGUUGCUCACUUACCUCAAUGAGUACAUCACAUUUCUGGAGCAGGUCAGGGACAAGAAAGAGAAACAAAAUUUCAGCCAUAUCGAGGAGAAUCUGUACAAUGCCCUUCAUGAUGGCCCCACACUCACUGAACUGGCCGUUCUCACCUUGUAUGCCGCUGCAAUCACGCACCCAUAUAUGCGAUCUGUUCGUGGACCUGGAACCGAGAACAUCAACAUCCUUGAUCUUGGUCCUUUGCAUGAUGAGGUGAUGAAUCACCUCGAACUUAUUAUUGAGAACCCGCACCUGCUGAUUUCUCCGAACGCCUCAUUUAAACUCGGUGCCCUCGAUGGACAGGAAUGGCAAAAUCCUGGUGCCAUUGAAGCUGUUCACAAGUUAGCAGAGGAGGGCAAGCUGCCUCAUCUUUGCGAGGCCUUCAUUGCAUUUUGUGGAGGUGCACUGGGGACAUGGGAGAGAUUUUCGAUUGAAUUUGAGGCGGGAGUGCCUUCAUGGCAUCAACAAACGAUGCAAAUGAGGCAGUCCGCGGGUCUUGAGGUCGAACAACGUGCUGAUCUUGUACGACAUGAUCAGCAGGAAGUUGCGGCAAAGAGAUGGAGGCGGACAGAACGCACUGAGAAGCGCGCUGAAAAGGGGGCUGCUGAGGACGCUCGGCUGGAUGGGGUAGCCAUGGUGGUGAUGUCCAAGAGUGAAUUUCUCAUGCUCUCGAACGCUGUGCUAACUGAUCAGGUCAAUCUCUGUCGACGACUCGAUCCUCUGGUGCCAAAGAGAUAUACUUUGAAAAACAAGCAAGCUCUUGUCAGUGCAAUCAUGGAGUCUAUUGCACGUAGUACAGGCUCGAUGUCUCAAACUUUGGAGUAA